AUGAAAUCCCGUGCACGAGUACUUGUCCUAUUAUUUUGCGUCGCACGCGCAUCGAUAGUGCUACCGUCGAAAGAGAUAACAGAGCUUAAAGCGGCACACGUCCAAGAUUUAUCGAACAUAUCUAUACAAGAAACCAAUGGAACCGAUGAACAAGCUGCGGACAAGUUACGCGACAAGAGAGCGCUUGGUCUUCUGCUCUCGGGCUUAGCUCAGAUCUUCGGAUACACGGUGACGCCGAUACAAAUCGCCACGCUGCCAAAUCCAAACACAACGAUACCCGCUGCAAUGUCGGCGAUAAGACCACAAGUUGCGUCUUCUCAAUCGACGCCGGUGCCGAAGCAACGAGAAACCAUAAGAUUCACCGGUGUGUUGAAUUUCGGUAAUAAUUCGGAUAUUUUAGGACAUCUGCAGCGUUACGAGCAAAUCUUUCACGCGCCUAGAAAUAACAUGACGAUAAUGACAACAUUAAGUCCUCCGCCGAAACCAACGCCUCCCGCGCACGCUGUCACGCUGAACCCGAGGAUAAAUUCGCCGACCAGGCCGCCAUUGUUGGCGCCAUUCUUUGUGAAAAUUCCGCUGCCGAUUGCACCGGAACUCCUGCCAGCCACGAUACCUGAAGAUCUUACAUUAUCGUAUCCCGCCCCGGCAGUUACGGUCGUGAGCGACUCAAACGCGGAACCGCCGACUCGGAAGCAGCAGCAAACAGUGUAUAAGAAUAAUGGGGAUAACGAGCGAUACACGCUGGAACAGAAGGAAAUCUAUAAUGAGAAAGACGUGAGGAAGCCGGUGAGCAAGAAUACACAUCAGUUAUUCGUCGACGAGCCGAGCGGGAACAAGCAGCAGAGAAAUCGCGAAAAGCCCGCUCACUGCAGAGAUGACGAAACGAAGGAAAGGUACAAGGAUCGCGAAGAGGAAAUCGACAAUCGAAAUCGGCAGCACGCUUCCAAGUACAAACCAACGAAAAAUAAAAGACCAACGCACGACGACGAAAAAGACGAAGACUCCGCGGAAAGGUACGAGGAGCAUGAAGAUGAACCGAAAUCCGCGCGCGGCUCUUCGAGACAGCCGCCCGAAAAAACCGACAAGGACAAAGUUGAAGAUUAUCCGGACGGAAGCGAUGAACGUGACAAACAAUCUCACCCGCAAGCUGAGAACUUCGACAAAUAUAUAGAAACGGGAUACAAUCAGCAGUUGCCGAUCGGCGACUAUUUCCACGAAGGAAACCCCGAAAUGAUCCGCGACAGCUACGGCGAGGUGUUGGACGGUAAGAGAUUGGAGAAUGACAAGCUCGCCGAAUACAUCAACAUGUUCAAGCAUCCGUACACCGGCGUGUAUGCCUCGCAAGAGGUGCGCGAUCCCGAAGACGCGUCGGAGGAGGACGGCAAGAAGGCAUUAUCCGCGGACGGUUACAACGAGCAUUUGGCAAGAUUACAAAAACUGAGAGAGGAAUACUCGCCGCCGGAGAAUAAAUAUGAGGAAUAUGAUAUAAAUGACGAACGUAAAGCGGACAGAAAUGACAAAAGAAGUGAAAGAAAUCGUGCGUCGGCGAGAUCAAAGAGACCUAAAACAGGCAAGGUUCUACAAAAUGACGACGUGACAUUGUCCGGAGCGCAGCAAGAAAUCGAUUUUGGAAAAUAUACGCCCCUAAUUGUACCCGUGCGUUACAUUGAUGUAAACGACAAAGUUGAACAAGCAACAACACAACAAUUAAACUACAAAGAAGUAAAUAAAUCCAUAAUCGAUAAAUUUUCCGAAAAUAAAAUGGAAUCUACUGUUAGACCAUCAUUGUCGUUGCCACUUAGAGAAAAAUUGCCUCAGCAGUUGCAUGAAAGUGAAUUUCACAAACAAAAAUUACAGGUAUCUCCACCAUUUUUCGAUUAUGCCUAUGAUAAUACGCAACCGGCGAACGUUAUUAUUCCAGCAAAUCCAGAAAAGUAUCCUCGAAAUUACCAAUAUAUUGCAAAAAAUAACGGAGGACAUGACGCAAAUAAUGACAAGUCUUCAGAAGAACGUUAUUUAGUAGUCGUUAGCAAUCCGACGUAUCAGUAUCAAUAUCCUCAAAAUAUUUAUUACACUAACGAAGCUACAAAUCCGCCAAAUCAAGCUUCUCAUUUAAAUACCGAAGGCACGCAUCCGCAAGAUCAGAUCUACGUUCCUCAACAAAGCGGCAAUCAACAAUUUAUUCAAGCAAACCCGAAUCUCAAUCUAAAUGAGACUGCGAAGAAUUCUUACAAUUAUUAUUAUCAGCCUCAAGAAAUUCCAGCUAAUGUUCUCGAUCGUUACAGAUACAUUUUUGGAGAACAGGCUCAAGCGUCGUCUCAAACCGAAGAGUCGUUUAUCGAUAUCGAUAUGAAAAGUCAAAUUCCCAAUGCGGAGAACUGGUCGAACAGAAUAUAUCGGCCGCAAUCGCGAAGUGAUGCUAGGGCUCCCUUUUUGAGCCCUCCGCAGCUGCAGCUGCAGAAUGUUGCAGCUUCAAAUACGCAAGGUAAACCUUUGGAGAGGCCACCCAGUACACAAAGAAUACAACAAAGAAGUCGAUUAAACUCGAAACCGGAAAAACAGCGGAGGAAUGAUGAAAAAACAGAAAUUCCACAAGAAUCAAUUCCAAAAAAUUUUAACGAUCCCCAGACUGCACACGAUUUCUUCGGUUUUAGUAAAGACGAUUAUAGCUUUAGAGAUGAAAGCAACGAGGAAUCGAAAGUUGCCGAAGAGAAUGGCAGAGCUGCGAAGGAAUCGCACGUACUCGUUGUAUCGGAACCAGUCACUGAUCAUUACGACGAAAGCAUCGAGAAAUACGCCGAUGAACUGGAAAAUGAUCCAGAGAAAGCCAAAGUCAAAGAAUAUAGAAACAGAGUAGCGACCUUGAGAGUAUCGGAGCAGAGACAAGCGAGUCCAAAUGGACCGAUUCAUUAUGUGGACUUUAUACGCAAUAUUUAA